UCAACGCAUUGUUUAGGAGAAUCUGAGUGAAAGCCUUUUGUUAUUGCGAAGUUUUUAAUCUGGGGAUUUAAGGAACAUCACAUGUUCAUUCAGGGUAGCGGGUGCGCUCCCGCAACAGGCAAAUAACUAGCAUAGUUCUUGAUCCGGGAUAAGAUCCCUGAAUUCCAACAUUAAAAAAACUUCGGACGUUUUUUGACUUGACGCAGGACUUCAGUAAAGUUUGCCAGAGUUAGCAAGAUAAAGUGGAUUCCACGCUGGGACAACUUUUCCUGGAGGAACACAAGCGUCCCGAAACUGGUGAUUUACGACCAAAACAUGACGUACAAAUACAGCCAGCGCUCUCUAAUGGUCCUAUCGCUACUGGGGAUUCUAUCUGCGAUCAUGUCUGUGCUAUCGGUCAUUUUGAUUUUUCAGCUACAGUCACAACAAUCUGCCGUGAAGGAAUCUCCCCCUUUAUCUAUUGUGCCAACUCAUGUUUGGGUUAUGCUGUUACCAGUGUCUACGGUCCUCUCCGCUCUGUCCCUCACUCUGAAUCUGAGCUCAGUCGUGGUAUGCCUUCUACACAGUUAUUUUACAACGGAGAUAUGUCGAGGAGAGGAAGACACGGAGAGGGCAGACUGGUUCCUAUUGGAUAGCAGAGCUGUCCGUCAUGUGGCCAUUGGUCUGUUCUGCCUUGGGAUUUCAGUGUACUUGGCAGCUAUGUCCAUAUACAUGCUCCUGGUGUUUGAGGUCGAGACAGGCAUAGCCAGCGUCUGCGUCCUGUCCUCGGGGGUGCUGGUUCUGCUGGUGAUCGUGACCCACUCCCUGGUCAAAGCUUGCCACGCCACCAAACACUACUGCGGAGACCACCCCGACACCCUGUACCGGAACGACCACGGCGGCAGCCCCUCUGACGCCCGGCCCUGUGAGGUGCUCAGCGCGGGGGACAAGCCUCGUAGGCCCCGCGGAGAGUCCUACCUCCACCGGCAGUUCUCCUACCCGCCCUGCACUGACCCCAAGCAGCAGCAGCAGUACUCCCCCCCAGGCGGGCCCCAGAGCCACGGCAGCGACAAGGACGGCUACAGCAGUGGGGGCAGUGUCCCCCGCAUGCACAGGACCCUGUCCACAGAGUCAGGCCUGCUGCAGGCUCAGACUAAACCCUGGAACGGCAUCAACAACGAGAUGAGAAGUGUGCUGGCUCGCAAGUCGGGCGCCUCCAGUAAAGAUUCUACGCUGGUGUGACUCGACGGUGUGAGAGGAGUGGGUUGGCCAGGGCUUGGAUAUGGAUAUGCAGGCUGAGCUGGGCCGAGUACGACAGCUUACUGACGGGGUUGCCUCAGUAAGACAAUGCAUCCUCAGACUCUGUGACAGUGGUCACCCUGGUAACAAUCGCCAACUUCUAUAGGCUCAUAUCUGUAGUAUGUGGUGGAUUAAACACUGUCUUGUUUCUGAUAUUAUUAUUUUUUUAACGAUUUCAAUUGUUUAUAUCACUACACUUGUUACAGGCAAACACUUUUAGAAAAUAUAAAACUUAAAAUGAUGAAGUUAUUUGUAGAUUAUUAUGUGUAGAGUGUGAGGCACACACACAAAUAUUGACUUAGUUUGUAUUGAAUAUUAAACAUCAGUGAUGCUACACAAGGUGAUUUUAUCCACUGUAAAUUACCAAUCAAUGCUAUAAAAGACUAAGGGUGGUUGUUGAAACACACUAGAAAGACAUUGCCAAAAGUGUUGGUUUCACAUUGUUUAAGCCUAGUUAAUGUAUGUACUGUAACAUGUAGUCUGCAUACUUGUUCUGAACUUUUGAAUUAAGAUAUUGUUAAAAGAAAAUAAAUGUGAGGCGAGUGUGAAACAACAGACUAAAAAAGUUGCCUAAUUCCUGAGCGAAAGCUACGGUCAUAUGACAAGGUCAUUUUCGUUCAUCUUUCUUGAAUUUCCAUCAAAUAUGGAUCACUCCUCCUGUCUAAGAAUAGCUUUGGGUGCCUUUGGCU